AUGGAGGGAGCUUCAUCCUCAUCUUCAUCCAUGAAUUUUCCCUUCACUGCUGAAGAUCAUCACGUGGUUAACUAUUUCUAUUUUUCAGUACUUUUCGGUGGUGACGAAAUAUUUCCAAUUUCGGAUGAUAAAUAUGCUGAUGACGGUGACCACCAUUUGAGAACCCUCAAGGGUAAACAGAAAGAGAUCGGUGAAUCUUCCCAUGGCUACUUUGAUAUUUGCAUGGAUCUCAAACCUAGAGAAGAAAUGUUCAAAAACCAAAACCGUUCUAACCUUUUUUGUGUAGAUUGCAUUGGAGAACAUGUUGCUGCAAAGAACAACUAUAAAUAUGCUGAAAAGCUGCAAUUACAACAAGUCCUCUAUUCCUCCACAACGUCAAGUGUUAGGGAUGAAAAAGUUGUUAGAGUGGACGUAGAUGAUGACGGUGACCAACAUUUUGGAACCUUCAAGGGGAAACAGGAAGAGAUCGGUGAAUCUUCCUAUGGCUACUGUGGUAUUUGCAUGGAUGCCAAAUCUAGAGAGGAAAUGUUCAGGAACCAAAACUGUUCUCACCUUUAUUGCGUAGAUUGCAUUGGAGGACAUGUUGCUGCAAAGAUACAGGAAAAUAUAGCAAUGGUGAAAUGUCCUGAACCAAAAUGCGAAGGGGUUAUAGAGCCUGAGUACUGUCAUUCGAUUAUCCCUAAAGAAGUGUUUGAUAGAUGGGAAGAUGCUCUUUGUGAGAAUGUGGUGCUUGAAUCACAAAAGUUUUACUGUCCCUUCAAGGAUUGUUCAGCUAUGAUGAUAUCUGAUGAAGAGGAAGUUGUCAUCACUUCAUCGGAGUGUCCACAUUGCCAUAGACUGUUUUGUGCACAGUGCAAGGUUUCCUGGCAUGCAGGAAUAGACUGUGAGAAGUUUCAGAGGUCGAAAAGGGAGAAAGGAGAGAACGAAGACUCAUUGAGUGUUGAAUAG